UUGUAACACAACGGGGCCAGAGACGAGCUGUGGGAUGGAAAAGGCGGAGGGCGGCGGUUCUCCCGCACAUCCAGGCGUGGGACGACGUGCUGCAGCGCUGUCUCUUACUCUGCUACUCAUUCAGGCCUGUGCGUCUGGUGACGUGGCCGCUGUCGUUGACCUGGUCUCGGGAAGAAUGCCGACCCUUUCGCCAGUGACGAGUCAGGUCGCACGCCGCUCGGAGUCGCCUGCGAGGCCGGCCACAUCGAGGUGAUCAAGUUUCUGAUGGAGAGAGACAAGGAAGGACUAGCUGUUAGGGGAGCAGGCGGGACCACUCCACUCCAUGUCGCUGCCAAGGGAGGUCACAUUGAGGUGGUCAAGUAUUUGAUAGAUGAACAAGGAAUGGACCCUUCUUGUGAAGAUGAAGACGGAUUCACUCCUCUUGACUGUGCACGGACAAACAAAAUGAGGAAGUUUCUGCUUAGCCGUGGAGGGAGAGGCUCAAAGACGUACAGAUCUCGUCGCCACCGGUUCACCGAGCUACCCUCUCUCCCUCUACCUGAGACCCCAAGCCCAGCCUUACCUGUCCAUGAAUAG